AUUUUUUUGUCUAUAAGUGAUUAAAAUAAAUUGCAAUUACAAUUAUUUGUAAUUAAUUACUUAUUUAUUUAGUUUAAAAAAAAUGAUUCGACUUUUGAUUUUUUAAAUUCUGUUAUUUUGCCGCCGGUGGAAAAACAAAUCGAUAGAUAUUAAAAUCGAUAAUAAUAAAUUACACAAAAUGACAUUAACAUUUUUUUUAGUAAUUAUUUAAUUAUUAUUUAUUUGUAAUCAAGAUGUUUAAAAAUAAUUUAGUGAUUUGUAAAUAAUUAUUAUUUUAAAAUUAUUAUUACUGAGUAUUUAUUAUAAAAUUUAUAAUCAAUAAGUGAAUUCAUUAAAUUUUCAUUUCUUUUGACACAUCAAUACUACGAUCUGUUUAUUACAAUAAAUAAUAAUAACAGUACCCAAUCAUUGAACUUUGAUCAAUUUGUUAAUUUUACCUCCAGUUUAAUUCCGUCUUUUAUUUGAAACAAUGAAUCAAAGGCCAAACACAUCAACUUUCAACCAAUUUAAAUCAGGACCAGGUUCUAUACCCAGCGGGGGAGCUUAUACACCUGGUGCUAAUGGACCGCCACCGGUACCUCCAAGAGCAGCAGUAAAUUAUGGAGUCUAUCGUCCUUAUAUGAGCACUCCAGUCUUAGGUUAUGGAGGGUACGGUUACGGGAACAGUUUCCCUUACAGCCAAUACUCACAUGGCUACGGGUCGUAUCCUUACGGUUCAACUUAUCCAGGACUGGGUCCAAGCGGAGACGUGGAAAAUAGACUGAUCCAAUUUGCUGAAGAAAGCACGAGACCGGCAUUCCAGUCAAUCCAGUCAAUAAUUCACACAUUUUCCUCAAUCACGAUGAUGCUGGAGUCGACUUUCAUGGCGAUGUCUAGUUCAUUUCGUGCUAUUGUGAGUGUAGCUGAAAAUGUAGGGAAAGUGAGGUCGAUGUUUGGACAGUUGUUGAGUACAUUCGCGCUUAUUAGAUUCGCUAAAUGGUUAUAUAAGUACAUAGCGUACAAAUUAGGAUUAUCAGCUACGGAUCCAAGUGACGAAAGUCUGUGGCAAAAGUCUGUGCUCGAGGCGGCUAGUGGAGAUAAAAAGGGUCCAAUGACUUGGCCGAUCCUUUUAUUCUUCAGCCUUCUAGCAGCUAUUCCUUAUCUUGUUCACAAGCUAGUGAACAGCGCCAGCAUAUCGCGAUCCUCAGCGGACAAUCCGCAAGCAUGGUUCGAAUUAAAUGAGCCCGUGUACUGGGCCACGGCGAUUUAUGACUUCAAUGCAGCUUCCGCUGAAGAAAUGAGUCUGAGAGCUGGACAAAAAGUGUGGCUCGCCCCUCAAUCUUUGCAACCGAAAAAUUUACCCGGUUGGUCCAGAGCCACUGACAAGAGCCGCGUUGGUUUGAUACCUUCCAAUUAUAUAAAUGUCGUUGCGCAAGUGACUAAAAGAAGUGACUCCGAUAAUUCUGCUCCUGCUUCAGUGUCUACUUCUUCUUCAACUUCGACUUUAACGAACUCUUUGAGUGCAAAUAAUAUUAUGGAAGAAAGCUUUAACGACGCCGCUGCUGCUGCUGCUGCUAUUGAUAGUAAUAAUGAAGAAAAAACUUCAGCAGACUGUUCCAUCACGAAUAAUAUUGAUAAAUCUUCAAUAGAAAGUUCAAAAAAUCCCGGUAGUGGUGAAACAACUUCAGAAAGUUGUAAAGAUACCAGCACGGAUACUUUUAAUCAAUAACUUAUUAUUUGAAAAUUGCAUUGUUAAUUAUUUAGGUUGUAAUUUUUAUAGAUUUUUUGCUCAGUCAUAUCACGGUCAUGUUGUAUGCCAACUAAUUUUUUUUUAAAAUAACGAAACCAGCGGCGGGAUAAUUAUUCAUUUUUUGAAAUUUUCCAAAUUCAAAUCCGUAAAAAAAUAAUUUCCAAACUUGCCCCACUACUGCAUUUUCACGAUUUCCCUAAAAUUUUCUUAUACUUUGACUAAUUGUUAAAAAAAUCCUCAUAUUUACGUCAAUUAAAAUUUUUCAAUUUAAAUAUCGCGCGAUUUUAUAAUCAAAUUUUUUUACUAAAACUUCAAAAUUCCCUCAACUGUCUCGCUAUUGGUCUUGUCACCAAUUCCGAUCAUAAUUUAAAAAUAAAUAAAUUACAAUUUAAAUUUACCACAAUAAUUUAAGUAAAAAAAAAUGUCUAUUUAUAUUUGAAGUAAUGUCUUAAUUUAAAUA